AUGCAGUUUCCCUUUGUGAGAAAUGGGGUAAAAUCAGGAGAGUUCAGAGUGAUUGCUACAUUGCCGAUGACUACAGUCAUGUUUUCCACAAGCACAAAGAUAGAGGUGAGGCAAGGUAAUGAAGUCAGUCAGAUGGGAAUCGGGGUUCAUCACCCCAUCUUCCACCCAACUGUUCAAAAUCCACCCGAGGCAGCUACAGUAGGUUUGGAAACUGUGUCUCAAUUGAUAGAUCAUAUUUCCCAGAAAUUUCUGAGUUACAGGAACUCCAAGAGGCCAACCCACGGCAAGUGCUCGGUGGUUCUUUAUGGGCCUUACCAGAACAAGGAAAUUGCGAGGGGGGUCGCUCACACUAUGAACAUGAGAUUCGAAUACACUGAUGCAUCAAAGCUGAUAAAAGAUUACCCAGAUGAUUCUGUAGCAGCCGUGGACGAGCUGUUUACAGGGAGGGGCCCAUGUGUAUUAUUCAUUGACAGAUUUGAUAAUGUCGCACCUGAAGUAGGAAGAGGUUACAGCUACAUCACUGAUGUGAUAGCUGCCAAGCUUAAGCUCACUUUGGACGAGCCACUGGAGAACCUUGUGUUUAUCAUUGCAGGAGCAAGGUGGAGAUCCUUCGUAGAACCUGGUAUUCAUUCACGUGUGAGUGAUGUACUAUUCUGUGGACCACAAGAAGAACAGCAGGAGUGGGACAGUGUUGGGACGUGUCUCCGGCGCUUGAUGACUCUGCCAUACAAAGGGGAGCAUAGCCGUUGGAGAACACCUAGUGUUGUUCUGUAUGGAUGGAACUCCUCUCAGAUGUGGAACGUUGCCAGCUCGUUUGCUGCGUGUCGUUCUCUCAAGCUUGUGAGAGCUGAAGCAUCACAUCUUCUCAGGCUGUACAACCGCGUUGGACAUGCCGCGGUAGCAGACCUUUUCCUGAGAGCGACGUGUGAGAGGCCAGCCUUGUUAUUCAUUGACAGUUUCGACACAGUUGGAGAUCACGCCAUGAUAAAUGAGCUCUGUGUCCACCUGGACAAUAUGGACAGGCAGGUCCAUGUGUUUGUUGCCGUUAGGUGGUGGCAACUGAUGAAUCCCCAACUCCUAGAAGCUGGCAGACUUGAUAAGCAGGUGUUCUGUGGAACAGCCACAACGAAGGUGCUAUGGGACUAUGUUGGGAACCAACUGCUUCGGCACCAGCAGUCCAGAGGACCAUAG